AUGCCAGACUCUACUCUCCUCAAGGUUGCCGGAUACGGCUCUCUCCUCGUUGCUAUAAAGCACGCAACCGCAGGAAAAGAAUUCCAAUGUCUUCGUCAAUUCCGAGAAUUGCCAAAUAUCGCAUACACACGUAGCACGGUCGGAUGGUAUCAAGGAAGUGCCUAUUUAGUCUUGACAGCUUUGCUGAAUCUCAGCUGGGCGAAGAAUCCCGAGUCUUUGAGAGAACCGCUUCAACGUACCAUGGCUGCUUUGCUGGUUCUUAUUGCUUGGGCUAGUUCUGCUUGGUAUCUUAAGAGGGGGGUUAAAUCGAGUGGGGUCCUAACGGCUGUAGCGGGUAUACUCCAGGCAUGGGCGGCUGUUCAUUGA